AACUCAGUCCCUGACCUGCUUUCCAAUAUUUUUUAUUUCAAUUUCAAAUGUUCAGCAUCUGCUAUAUUUGUUAUUUCAACUGCAGAUACUAUGCUCAUGCAGUCAGCUAGCCGCUCAAAUAAACAUGACAGAUUUAUUUGAACUUGUGAAUAUCAUCAUGUCUGACAUUGCAAAAGAUAAGGCAGCUCGUUUACUGAAAAGGCGAGGCAGUUUGUCAUCACUGAGCAGCCAUGGCCUCAUUGCAAAGGAGAAAGUGGAGAAGCAAAAGGACUGCAUGAGUACAGUGUCGUAUAUGGAUGAUCCGGGCCAUCAUGAUGACAAUCCACGGUUGGCACUGCAAAUGGAAAAUACAUAUCAGUUAGAACCAUCAAUAUAUUUUCCAGAGACCAUUGUGAGCAAUAUUCUCAAAGAUGUCCUGAUGAGCUACUUGCAAGAGGAAAAAUACGAACCUGAACUCUGCAGACAAAUGACCAAAACUAUCUCUGAAGUUAUAAAAGCUCGAGUAAAGGACCUCAUGAUUCCACGGUACAAGAUUAUUGUUCUAAUCCACAUUGGACAGCUGAAUGAACAGAGCAUGCGGAUUGGCAGUCGUUGUCUCUGGAACGCCAACACAGACACAUUUUCUUCUUUCUCUUUCAGUAACCGAUCGCUUUUUGCUGUUGCUAAUGUUUAUGCCGUGUACUUUGAGUGAAAUACAUCUGUGCAAUGCAACGGAAACUUCAGUCAGAGAAAAUAUAAAACUCAUAGAACAACAAUUUGGGAAAAAUAAAUAUGCCAUUUGACAUCAUUGGUACUUAACAU